UGGCAACUGCUAUCAAGGCUGGAAAUAUAACACGGGCCAGACGCCGGCCUGCCGCACUCCACCUCUGACCAGCGGUGUGACAGAUGAACAUGACUCCCGAGAACAUGCCGGUGAAGAUGAUGCUAGUAGGAAUGUUCAGCCUGGUGGCUCUCGCCUCUCCUCCAGCCCCAGCUGCCGUGGUGGACUUGGUGCCCGGCAGUAACCAAAUCAGUGGCAGGCUGGAAAUCCACCGCAGUUAUAAUGGACUCGUCUUCGUAGGUACGGUGUAUGGGCUGACUCCAGGUAAACACGGCUUCCAUGUUCACGAGAAGGGUGACCUGGGCGACGGGUGCAAGGCUGCUGGAGGCCACUUCAACCCCUUCAAGAAAAAUCAUGGAGCUCCUGAGGACUUGGAGCGUCAUGCCGGCGACUUCGGCAACGUGGUGGCCGACUACCAAGGCGUAGCAAGCAUUUACGUCAGUGACAACCACGUCUCCUUAGAUCCCUCGUCCCAGUCUUACAUCGGCGGCCUGGCCAUUGUCGUCCACGCCGGCGUUGAUGAUUUGGGCCGCGGGGGCAACCCUGAGAGCCUCAAAACCGGCAAUGCCGGUGCCCGCUCGGGCUGUGGCAUCAUCCAGGUGGUGCAGGCGCCAGCCUACCAGCCUCGGCCCCCACAACACUCACACCAACGGUUCCCACACCAGACCCCAUACGGCUAACGUGUAGCCUCUUGGACCAAGUUACGCACUAUGUAACACAUGUUUGAAUUUGAGUUUUUUUUUUUUUUUUUUUAGCGCGUAGUUUAAAAUUUUGGUUUCACCUUUUAUAGAUUUUUUUCAGAAAUAAUUUUUGUACUUUGUCUUUAUACAAUGCAACCUUUACCUAGGAACAGGUGUUGGCUCCAAUUUUUUAGGUUGAGAGAGAAAUAAAUGUAAUGUUUAAUUUACUCCAACUAUACCAAAUGUAAUUAAUAAAAUGGACAAACUCAAAA